AUGGCGGCAGAGCAGGAGAGCUUUAAGACACAGGUCGCUUGUGGUGACGUCAGCGGAGGCGCACUAAAUAUCCGGAAGCGAGAUCCACCAAUCGUAGUCGGCGCAUAUUGGCCGGGGAGACGUCUCUCUGCACAAGCUGCUCCAGCUGACAGCCAAUCAGGGCUCAGCAGCUUCGGUUUCGUUUGCACACCGGUGUUAGUGGCUGCCGUCAACAUGGUGCUGUCGGAGAUGUCGGUGGAGGGGAAGAUCUUCUACUCGGUGCUGCUGUUCUCAUGGGUGGUGUACAUCUGGGAGGCUUAUCUGGCCAGCAGGCAGCGUAAGAUAUAUGAAGCUAGAAGACAUGUGCCAGCCGAACUUGGUAAUAUUAUGGAUCCGGAAACCUUUGAGAAGUCUCGGUUGUAUCAGCUUGAUAAGAGUACAUUCGGUUUCUGGUCUGGACUAUACUCGGAGGCAGAAGGCACACUCAUCCUUGUUCUUGGUGGUAUUCCUUUCCUGUGGAGCGUGUCGGAGCACAUCCUGGAUCGUGCAGGCUUUGGUUCCGAAUACGAGAUAAUUCAGUCUUUGGUAUUUCUACUCCUUGCUACCUUGUUCAGCUCCCUGACUGGCCUUCCAUGGAGCUUGUACAAUACUUUUGUGAUUGAAGAAAAACAUGGCUUUAACCAACAGACAAUGGGAUUUUUUUUUAAAGAUACCUUAAAGAAAUUCUUAGUAACUCAGUGCAUUCUCCUCCCGGUAACCUCUCUUCUGUUGUACAUCAUCAAGAUUGGUGGAGAUUACUUCUUCAUCUAUGCAUGGCUGUUUACUCUGGUGGUGUCCCUGGUGCUCGUAACAAUAUAUGCAGAUUACAUUGCUCCAUUAUUUGAUAAGUUUACCCCGCUUCCUGAAGGAGAACUGAAAGAAGCUAUUGAAACGAUGGCAAAAAGUAUUGCCUUUCCACUGACCAAAGUUUAUGUUGUCGAAGGUUCCAAGCGGUCAUCUCACAGCAAUGCAUACUUCUAUGGGUUCUUUAAAAACAAGCGUAUUGUUUUGUUUGACACCCUGUUGGAGGACUACUCUCCCCUAAAUAAAGCCAACGCUGAGGAAACCUCAGAGAGUGAAAAUGUGGACCUUAAACCUAAAGCCAAAAAUGUAAAUAAGAAGCAAGGCUGCAACAACCAAGAGGUCCUCGCUGUUUUAGGUCAUGAGCUGGGGCACUGGAAGCUGGGUCAUACUGUAAAGAACAUUGUCAUUAGCCAGGUGAACUCUUUCCUCUGUUUCUUCUUGUUUGCCACCCUUAUUGGACGCAAAGAACUCUUUGCAGCUUUUGGAUUUCAUUCCGCACAACCCACUCUAAUUGGUCUGAUGAUUAUAUUUCAGUUCAUCUUCUCCCCAUACAAUGAGGUCCUGUCAUUCUGUCUUACUGUCCUUAGCCGGAGAUUUGAAUUUCAGGCCGAUGCUUUUGCCAGGAACCUUGGAAAAGCAAAAGACUUGUAUUCUGCUCUGAUUAAACUAAAUAAGGAUAAUUUAGGAUUUCCAGUUUCAGACUGGAUGUUUUCAAUGUGGCAUUAUUCUCACCCUCCCUUACUGGAAAGACUGCAAGCUUUAAAAGUCGAGAAGCAGAAUUGACGAAAUGCGUUCCCGCUGAAAAAGGACUUGACAUUUUUGGUUCCUCUCUUCAGUUCUGACACUGCACGUGAAAGUGCAGACGGUAUUCUAAAUGCGUUGUUGAUCUAUAUACUAUGAGGACAUUUUUAAUGAUCUGGAAAUGUAUAAAAUGUACAGCACAGCUUUUCAUAAAAAGUUACUGUGUUUUAUUUGAAAGUGUACUUUCCUCCAUUGAGCCUUAUUGUGUUUUUUACUUAUUACAUGCUGUAACUGCUAUAGGCAGUUUUUUGGCUUCUGCGAUCAACAGGACUUUUUUUUUUUUUUCUUUUUAAAUUUGCAUUAUGUUAAAAA